AUGGGCGUCACCAGCAUCCAGGACGCGAAGGUCCUGAUCGCGACGACAAAGGUCAAGGAACGUGGAGCCGGCCUCAAGGAUCUUAUCCAUAUCCUAAAGCAUAAUCAUGGCAAAUCGAGCCUCGAAACCAUCACCAACAAGGCGUACCUGGCGCUAUGCGAGACGCUCUUCCAAUGCGUGCGAGAAGAACGGUCAGCGUACCAACACGCCAAAACCCACAAGAUUAGAUCAGUCCAAACGCACGCGAACCUCCUCCAGCUUUCCGCCGCCGCACUCCGCCAGGUUAUCAACUCGGCUCUGCGCACCAUCAAGACGACCACCGUCGAACUGAUCAUCGAGACCAUUAUCGAACUGCUGCCCGGAAAUGAUGGGACAUUCCUGGAGCAUCUGGACGAGCUCCCUAAAGCGCUACGGGCUCUGUUGGAAUACCAACCCCAUGUCGAACGUAUGUCACAGGGUUGUUGGGAUGACACCGUCAAAUUCUGCAUUGAGUCUCUCUCCAAGGUCUUCUCUGAAUCAGAGGAAGAGCCACAGGAUAGCUGGGAGACGACAGUUUCGAGUCGCGCCCGAACCCCCUUCGAGUCCACCGAUGGUGUACCUAAGCCCAGUCUGCGAGGCACUGACAGUGCACCAAGAGCCACCCCGCGAGGCACAUCGUCCCGGAGCAAACGCUUUACCGACGAGCAGACCAUCACAGCUGAGGAUCUAGUUCAAUGCCUGCGCAUGCUCGUCAGGGCUUCCAAUGCCCCUAUUUCUGACAGCGCAGAUGUCCUUCUUAAUGCCCUUGUCGCUUUUCUCCAGAAGAGGACGGGUCGUGGAAGCCCCGCCGCGCUUGCUGCAAUCAAUGCCAUCUUACCUCGCACCAUAAUGUCCAAAUCCCAACUCAGUGAACAAGUCGUUAGGGAGCUCCUGCCGCUGCUGAGAUCAUUGUGGUCCGAACCUGCUAUAAGAGACGAGGUCAUGAUAACCUUGACUUACAUCGAAGCGCAUCUUUGCCACCUUGUGGCUACCGACAGUGAUGAUUUACUUAGUAUCGAUUUAGAAGCAUUUGUUGAAGCAUUAUACAACGACUACAGACGCAGACACGAGACUACAGCCCAUCAAUUUCUUGAAGAAGAUUACUUGUGUUUUCGCAAAGUAGGUGGAAUUGUCGCGAGCGCUCACCCGCAGUCAACGCACACGUUUUCCAUGAAUACUGAGAAUGUCCGCUACGAGUCUUUGUGGACUACGGUCGCGACGAUGGCAAGACUUUCCGCGAUCUUAGACAACAGAAAGCGCACGCUCGCUCAUGGUAAGCAACGUGAAGACGGACUAGCCACGAAGCGUCACCGCAUCACCCAUCAUCUUGACGAGUACCUUCGACAUGUCUCAGAGCCACGUUCCAACGCAAAACGGUCCGCCCUGCAAGUCCUUGCAUUCAUGGUGCAGGAAGUUCCGCUUGACGAGGACCAGAUUUUGACCAUACUAGAGAAAUUAACCGUCAUCAUAUCCGCUGAGAACUCCGUGCACUCUUCCUGGGCUAUGAUUACACUAGCAGCAACCGCUUUCCAAAAGCAUGCUAAAAGUCCUGCGCUGAAGCCCUAUUGGUCUUCGGUCUGGCAAUCUGCAUCCCGAGUUAUCACAUCUCUGUCCUCGUGUCGUGCAGCAUGCCAUCUGAUGGACGUACUGUUGAAGCUCGACGUUGUUUCAUUCUCAACAGUCACUACUAGUGUACAAAGCAUGUUGUUUUCGGUUGAACUCAGUGGGCCAGCGGUUCUCACGGAGACGAGCGUGGCUUUUAUGACUACUUUGAUCCGCGAGAGAGUCAAGGAGAACCCCACUAGUCAUGGUAUGACUGCUGAGAGGAUACUCAACUGGUUAUUCGGCAAAUGGACCCCACAUCUCUGGGCGGAACGAACGUCUACUUCUCUCAACGCGCAUCAUUGCGAUGCCCGUGACAUACUCUCGCUAUUACACGCUUGUCUCGAUCGCCCUUUCACCCCUGUACGAGCUUCCACUUUCCAAACACUGGGCCCCGUAGCUCAGGCACGUCGACGAACCGAGACUUUCGCCGACCUCUCUGCUUAUCUCCUACUCCUUGAUCCUCAAGAGAAGUUUAUCAGGGACUUGCAGCUCGUACCUGAUGCCGUCGAUUCUACGCCAUCCAGUCAUGCCGUACAACUUGAAAGCCGUAUAGUUGAUUUCUGCGUCAGUGAGCUAGAGCGGACCAAAUCCCGGUGGAAAGCCAUGUCGCAGCAAAAUCCACAAGGUAUUACGUCCAAUAUGUGGCGUGUCAUCACCAACUUCUGCAUUGUUACAGCGGCACUGAGCGCUUUGCUUGAACGCCAUGACCGUCCUGUAGCUGCACUAGACAUUGCUACAGACAGUAUCGCACAAUCACUAGGGCAAUUGCUCGCGAAACCUCAGACCGAGGAAUAUAAGAUGGAGGCAGUUCUUGAAACGUGUGCUGCGAGCCUACCAGACAUCAACUCUCUAAGCACCCUUUCCAAAAUGGUGUUUCGUGAGGCUGGUAUCUCGUCCUUGGCAAAUCACUUGUCCCGCGCUCUCGGGAGCAGACAGGAGACGAAACAGUCCUUUUACCCUGAAAAUGAUGAUUUUAUGGAAGUCGAUGGAGGUCUUGAUUCGCAAAUGACCAAUGGCACAUCUGGACAUGAGGUAGAUGUGCCACGCCACGACAUCCAGGCAUAUGGAGAAGCCGGUGCACUACACGCAUGCUGUGCGGCCUACCUCCACCUGAUCUUCUCGGUGGCUGAUCAGGUCGAGGAUGAGCGAGACAACAUACCUUCGGAGUUCGUCGAGCACUUAAUCUGCAAGUCCGCGCCCGACUUACUCCGUUCCCGACAACUAGUUCAGAGUCUACUGUGCGGCCACUUCCACAUAUCAGCAGCAGAUUGCCUCAAGCUCCUGGAGAAGCUUAUGGAAGCUUUGAUAGAUCCCACUGCACGAGAGUAUAACUCAUCAGAAGUAGCCAACUGUAUGAUGGUCGAAUCUCUGGUAGGAAUGACAAAAGUGUGGAGUCUUGAAGCCGCCGAUCAGAAAUCACAGGACGUCAAAGAGCAAACGAAAGCCCUCUACCAUUACUAUACUAGAGAUAUGGAGCGAAGUGGAUUUCGCGCAUCCCCGAGUCUUCAGACCCGUGUGGCCGACUUUUUACACGGCAUGCUAUGGUUCUACAGUCUCUCGGACGACACCAAAUCGCCGUCAGUACGCACAAGACUCUUUGAACUCUUAGCUAGAGGCGAAAUGACCGUCAAAUUUCACAUCGCCAAAAAAUUACCGACCAUCUUCGAAGUUUGGUCCCUUUCUACGCAUGAUGACAUUUUGCAAGACGUUGACAGUCAUCUUCCUGGAGACGGUGAAGACCUCGAAGGGAUCGCGAUGCGUUUGCUCGUUCUGUCGAAGCUGGCCUCCCGCUGGCAUACUCUUCUCAGGCAAUGUGUAUACCGUGUUUUUGCAACCGCUGGCGUUGUCGCAGCCGCAGCUCAACAUGCAAGCCACUGUAUAUCUGAAGUGGCGCGUGCCAAGAACUUGGGAGACUCUAUGUCCUUGUUUCGACUGUUCGCUCCCCAAGUAAUCUUCACCUGGCUCGACCGCAAACGGAGGUUCGCCGAGAUACCCCACACGAUAUUCGGCUACGACUCGCUCAAGCAUCUUUUACAUGAUGUCGAGUCAGAAGCCGUCGGGCAGGCCAUCAUGCUUGGUUUGGAGUUUGAAGUCGACUACAUCGCUGGAGAGCUAGGGGUCAGUGUGUCAGAACUACUUGCGAAAAACAUAAGCAAAGCCGCCGCGUACACCAUAUCCUGGGAUACCUGUAGAGGAUACGGACGGAAUCAAGAUUUGCCGAGCAAUGAACAGCUGCUUUGCAAGCUUCUUAGCAAAAGUGACCACGAACAAAGGGUCAACGGCGACAAAAGCAACAACAGAAUGGGCCAAAUGGCUGGUACUAAGCAUAUAGCUUUGGAUCAGGAGUAUUUUCCACGAGCGCUCGGUCACUUGUUUCAGUCUGUUGACCACGAGGAGAAGAUAAAAAAGUCACUUGAGAAGCGUAACUCGUCAGAUCCCGCUCUCCAUGCCCUGACAAGGAUGCUCAAAAAUUCCCACUCAUCCGUAGACUUCAACGUCGGUAUCGAACCAUCCUUCUCUGCGUUCUAUCUUCCCGAUCAAGUCGACCGGCUAUGUCGCCGAACAUUUGGUGGCAUAACAAGCUUUUGGAACCCUACCACAUACACGCUUGUCGUGCGGAUGCUGCUAGACAGGAUCCAUCCGGCGCUUGGUUCGCUGUACGCCCGAUCCAUUAUUCGCAAGAUCAGAAUAGUCGUGGCUUUCGCAGGUCCGGUAGCUUAUCAAGGUUACCCUUUGCAGAUGACGCUCCAAUCUCUGAGGCCUUUUCUCACAGACAUCCAGUGUGCCGAAGAUACUAUCGGCAUAAUACAAUACUUGUUCGAGAAUGGUGUGCAAUACCUAAGCGGCAAUCUCAGCUUCGUGACUGGGAUCGGCUUAUCUGUUUUGAUUUCACUACGGAGCUUUCUUGGAUCUUCUCAGGAGGUAAUGACGCAACAUUCUCAAUAUGUAGCUUCGAUGGAUUCUGCAAAAGUAUUUCACACAUGGCUCACAGCGAAACUCAAAGAAUAUGCCGAAAGUCUGACUGUCAACGAUCGAUCUUCAGUCAAUGCGUUCAAGCUCAUAACGACAGCCGCCUCCCAGGUACGUCUACAGGGUAAUUCCAUCCGCGACAGUGAAGAAAGCAAACUUCUGCUCGAGAUUUUGGAGGAUGUCAGAUCGGGUCGCAAGCUUUUGAACACGACGUCGCGAGACGUGGCGCUCAACUUGCUGUGCCAAGAUUUCCAGCCAGCGCCGACCGCCACGAAUGAUAUACUUGGAAAUGACGCGGAGGCUGCGGGCUACGCACCUUUCGUGUGGGAUUCAUGCCGACGAGGCAACGUGGGUCAUGGCUAUCUGCGUUGGGCGGCGAGAGUGCUAGGCCGUGCGUUCAGCGCAUUUGGCGGUGUCGAGCGAAACACAGCGCAUACUCAUCCGUGGUCAUCUCAGGAUCCGAGCACGAAAGGCAUCCUCGGCCGAGCUUCACGAGAAGCUAUUGUUCAAGAAGUUAUAGACAUCCUCUACAGCGAUGAUCGCAAAGAUGUGAGCUUAGCAGAAGAUGCACUCCGAGUAAUAGUCUCCCGACUUUCUCAGCUCCGCCGCGAUGAAGCGGAUGAAGUUGUACGUAACAUUUCGGACCACCUAGCGGAGGCGCUGAAGCUGGAUCUGUCGCCAUCCUCUACUCCAUACCAUCCCAAUGAAUCUUUAAAGAGCAUUGCCGCCCCUGCAUCGCAUACGAGAGCAGCAUCAGAAUGGAUAAAGGACCUUGCCAUCGCUCUGUGCAGUGCCGCCUCUCAAGAUGAGGUACUAGGGGCGCUUCCCAGGCUUCUCAAUGGCAUGAGCCACAUGGCGGAUAAGCUUUUUCCAUACAUCCUGCAUCUUGUCCUGCUCAGGGAAUUUGAAGGUGAUAGAAGAGUUCGACAGAUCAUGUCUGAUGCAGCAAGGGGCUGGUUCACCAAUUGCGAGGCGACAGACGUGCCGUAUGUACGCAGCCUUCUUCAAGCCAUCCUAUACCUUCGUAGCCAGCCGAUUCCCAAGGAGAUGACGAGAGUCGAUCGAGAUAGAUGGCUGGAAAUUGAUUUCCUCCGAGCAUCAGAAGCCGCUACGACAUGUGGUAUGUCUCGAACGGCGCUGUUAUUUGCGGAAACAUUCUCGGGUACACCUGCAGUGAAAAGCGUUCCACGAAGGUCGUCCGUGCUACAAGAGCCUCCGAGACUUCCCGUCAAAUUACAGCUUGCGAUUUACAAGAACUUGGACGAACCAGAUUCAUUCUACGGCGUCGACCAAGGUUCCAGUCUCUCAUCUGCCAUCGAUCGGUUCGACUACGAAGGAGAUGGACUAAGCAGUAUGCUGUUCCGAGGGGCUCGUUUCGGAAGCCAGAUGCGCCGCUCAAACGUCCUAGAUGCUACCGAUUCGCGUGGCUUUAUCAGCAGCCUGAUCAAGCUGAACAUGGACAGUGUCGCCAACGCCCUCCUUUCUACCGAUCAGUUGCGGGACAUUGGAGACGAGGCGGUAGACUACACCUUACACACAGCGCGGAAGCUUGGAAAGUGGGAUAUCAAAGCACCGGAGCUAAAUCACAGCGAAUCUAGUAGUCUCUACAAAGCUUUCCAAGGUCUUCACUACGCUACGAGCGAAGCCAAUGCCCAAGCUAGCAUCGACAGUCAACUAUUGGCGACCAUGGAGUUCCUGUCCGGACGCGAAGACUCCACGGCGUUGACCAAAAUUCGGCUGCGCACUCUAGCAGCGCUAACUGAAGCUGACGAGCUUGUCCAAUGUGGGAGUCCUGACCGACUACUUGAUUCUUGGGAUCGUAUGAAGGGACGUGAAAAGUGGAUGCAGACCGGCGAGUUCGAUGAUGUACGCCAGCUGCUAUCGUGCCGAGAGACAUUGCUGAGUGUUAUGGGCUCCAACAACGCCCUUCUGGAAUCCAUGCACGCAAGGGCUGGCACGCUCCGCAGUAUGGAAGUCGAAGCCCUUGUAUCUACUUCGACGAUCUGCAGAAGACACGGGGCGCUCCAAGAGUCACUCACGAGUGUAACAUACCUCAGCGACAUUGUGCAGGAUUGUAAAGCAUUUGGCCUUGAUGUCGAGGCCAGUGCAAAAUAUGAAGAGGCUAAUGUGCUGUGGGACCACGGAGAGCAGGAGAAGUCGAUACGCAUUCGACAAGAGCUGCUCGACUAUGGUAACUUUGAUUCUCAGGAUCAGAAAAUAAGCCUUCCUGUAUUGUUGGCCAAACUGGGUCAUCACUUAGCCGAAGCUCGAUCAGCAACGCCUGAAAAGAUCAUUCAAAACUACCUGAAGCCAGCAAUUAAAGAGCUCAAGGGCCAAACACAAGGACCUGAUCCUGGACAAGUUUUUCAUGAGUUUGCUUUGUUUUGUGAUAAACAAUUACAGAGCCCAGAAGCCGCCGCCGACAGGGACCGUGCGAAAUCUAUCAUGGAUCGAAGAGCUCAGGAGAUACAAGAUUUUGAGAGACUUAUUCGUCCAGAGACAAACAAGCAGAUCCGCGACACCUAUAAGAGGUCUCACCACAAAGCCCAAGUCUGGUACAAGCUGGAUCAUGCCGAGUACGAAAGAUUACGCAAAGGCCGCGAAGAAUUAUUGCGCCAAUGUUUGGAAAAUUAUCUACUCUCGCUGCAAGCAAGCGACGAAUACAAUAGCGAUGCGCUCCGAGUAUUCUCACUCUGGCUGGAGCAUUCCGAGACCACGCUCGCAAACUCAGCAGUACACGCACAUAUCGACAAAGUUCCUAGCGGGAAGUUUGCAUUGCUAAUGAAUCAGUUGUCUUCCCGUCUUCAAUAUGACCGGACCGAGUUCCAGAAGUUGUUGACCCACUUAGUCUUCCGCAUUUGCAUAGAGCAUCCCUACCAUGGCAUGCAUCAGAUCUUUGCGAUGCAGAUGAAAACUCCCAAUGUGACCAGGGAAGACAUCAUGAGGUCAAAAGAUGAAGCAGCCAAAUCCCGCCAAAAGGCUGCAGAUCUCAUCGCGCGCGAAUUGGCAAAAGACAAACGCUCCGCUACUAUCUGGAGCUAUCUAUACCGCUCAAACGAGAUCUACCACGCUCUUGCUAUGUUCAAGGAUGACAAGGAGCAGCGCUCGGGCAGAGAUAUCCCGCUAGACAGAUACCCAGAGUCAAAAGCAUUGAUGCAAAAGGUCCCUACGUACAAAGUUCCGCCGGCCACUCUACAAAUCGAAGUUCGUGCCGAUAUGGAUUACAGCCAUCUUCCUAGGAUUGUUAGGUUCAAAUCCAGAAUGAGCAUUGCCAACGGACUGAGUGCGCCAAAGGUUAUUACAGCUAUAGGCUCAGAUGGGCAGAGCUACAAGCAAUUGUACAAAUCUGGCAAUGAUGAUCUUCGGCAAGACGCGAUAAUGGAGCAAGUGUUCGAUCAAGUUUCUCGCCUGCUCAAGAAGCAUACCGCAACACGACUGCGGAAUUUAGGUAUUCGCACAUACAAGGUGCUUCCAUUGUCGACGCGCUCUGGUCUCAUGGAGUUCGUGCAAAACACGAUUCCGCUUCAUGGAUGGUUGAUGCCGGCACAUGAGAGAUACUAUCCGCAUGACUAUAAGCCUGAUAAAUGCAGGAAGGAGAUUGGAGCUGUUCAGCAAGACUCGCUGCAAAACCGCGUAAAGGUAUGGAACAAGAUUGCGGAGAAUUUCCAUCCCGUGAUGCGCUACUUCUUCCUCGAACGCUUCCAAGACCCAGACGAAUGGUUCGAGCGUCGUCUAGCGUACACUCGGUCCACAGCUGCCAUUUCCAUCCUAGGGCAUGUACUCGGUCUCGGCGACCGGCACUGUCACAACAUUCUUCUCGACGAGAAGAGCGGAGAAGUCGUACAUAUUGAUCUUGGUGUCAGCUUCGAAGCCGGCCGUGUCCUGCCUGUGCCUGAGGUUGUACCGUUCCGCCUCACCCGCGACCUUGUCGACGGAAUGGGUUACACCGGAACUGAGGGCGUCUUCCGCCGCUGCUGUGAAUUCACAAUGGACACUCUCCGCGAAGAACGCGAAUCUAUAAUGACUCUCCUUAACGUGCUUCGUUACGAUCCCCUCGUCAACUGGAGCGUAACCGCCACAAAAGCAAGACGCAUGCAAGAGCAGCAGGACACGAAUGCUGUGCAUCGUUCUGGCACUGUCGGUCCGGAACGUACGCCUGCGCCGUCUGGUAUUUCUGCGGCAGAUUUGGAGGUGCAAGGGGACGACAAGAAGAAAGAUGAGCAGGCGGGUGAGGCUGGGCGGGCCCUCAGUGUUGUGGAGAAGAAGUUGAGCACGACACUGAGUACGAAAGCGACGGUCAAUGAGCUUAUUCAGAGUGCGACUGAUGAGCGGAAUCUAGCAGUGCUGUAUAUGGGAUGGGCUAGCUACGCGUAG